AUGAUUGUCAUGAAGGUGAUCUCCAAAGGCCGCGUGCUGAAAGAUGAGGAGAUGCUGGUUUCGGUGGGCCUCAACACCGGGGACGUGGUGCACAUUGCCAAAGGCAUGACGCCGCCCGCGCCAGUUUCUUCCACGGGAAUGGAAGUUCAGCUGAAGGGCCCUGGGCUGGACACGCAGCUGGAGGUGUCCUCCGGCGACACCGUGGAGCAGUUGCGAGAGAAAGCCGCGAAGAUGUCUGGCCUGCAGGUCGAGGAGAUCCACCUGCUCCAUAAGGGCAAGAUCCUGAAGGACGGCCUUCGGGUGGACGCCUGCGGCGUGGGGGCUGGCUCCUUGCUACGCCUGGCGCGGCGGCAGCCGGCCUCGGCGGCGGCGGCUGCAGCGCCGGCGCCGGUGGAGGAGGUGUCCACAGGCGCCAUGCCAAUGGCCUGGGGCUAUGACGCAGGCAUGGAGGUGCAGCAGCUGCAGGCCAUGGGCUUGCCGCCGGCCAUGGCGGAGGCCGUGGCCGCGCAGGCGCGCGCCGCGGCGGCAACGCCGGCGGGGCCGAUGGAGAACGCCGAGGAGCUGCGUGCGCGGUGGGCCCGGGAGGCUGCGGGCAUGGCCCAGGCUGUCCGGGCGCACCUGGAGCGGGAGGGCCUAGAGGCGGAUGAGGAGGUGCUGGCCGACAUCAGCCAGACGCUGGCGGAGGCGCGGUCCCGGGGGGCGCCGGUGCCCCGGGCCGCGGUCUUCGCGGAGCGCGCGGUGGCGCGGGCCGCGCAGCGCCGGGCGCGGCAGCGGCGCAUGGAGCGGGAGGCCAGUGGCAUGGACCCGGAGAUCGAGGAGCUGGGGGGCUGA